AUGCGUACAGGCACCAUAGUUUCCGUGGACUCUGAGUGCUCUCAGCUCUGGCCGCUCUGUGCAUCCUGCCUCUCAGACGACCUUGAACCCUGUCCUCUUGACCCUGGAUCGCACCUUCAGGUGCAGUCGACGUCAACGUCGAAGGAUGCACUUCUCUGUGGUCGUUGUCUCGCCAGACUCUGUCGACCCUACUACGCGGUGGAGGUCAUUGUCGAGGUGCAGUUUGACUCCAUCGCCUUGCCCUCUCCCCUUUCAGCUGAUUCCGAGGAAGCACAUCGUAUUCAUCUUUGCGUAAGCUCAUUGCAUUUUCUUAUUCAGCCACUUUUACUGAUACGUACAGUAGUGAAUGGCUUCUUAUUGUGUAGUCGGUAA